CUGCUGCAUUGUUUCAUAGUUAACAGUCAGAGAACAGACUGAAGAAUCACUACAGCAGUGGAGCAGUGAAGGAAGCAUUGCCCAAGAAGCUAAAAACAGUUCAGCAUCUUUUACCUUUCAAUUUUCCACCAUCCAGACUGACGAUAUCCUUGUUGCUGAAACUCUACAUAACUGCUGAAUUUCUUCUGCUUGGCAAUGGACAAAAUAAUUAAAUAUUUUGAUGAGGCAUCUCUCGACCUGGACUGUCUCCUUUCAGUGAAAGUUCAAUUACAUAAACAGGGAUUGCUGGACUCACAACUGAAGACCAACCUUCAGUUCUCCAUCCAAGCCAUUGAGCCCUUUCCUGCAUCCAAGCGGUAUAAUGCCUGUCUAAUGGUGGAGGGAGACGAUUUUCUAGUAAAGAUCACUGCAGGGACUCCAGUCCUCUAUUAUACAGUCCAUACAGGUCCAAACGGGCCACAGCUUCAUCAAAGAGUCCAGACAGAGUCUAGACUCACAACCGCUAGCCUGUCAGAGAGCCACUUUGCCGGGCAUCAAUGUCGUGAUGAGAUUGAGAGCUGCAUGGAGCAAGCCAGAAAAGCUCUGAGCCGAAAGACAGAAAAAAAAUCAUCACAUCUGGAUAAGAUGGAAAUAAAGAUAACCUGUGGAGAGUUUCACCUCACCUACAGUACCCAUGAGCCGCAGCAAACCCUCUAUAUCCAACCACGCCGCAGAGUCUCCCUUGGAAAAACAAUGUCUGUGGAGAAGAUCCUGGAGACAAAGACAUAUCUGGAGAAAAGUGGAGAGAUGGGGAAAAGCCUACUGACCUGUUUCCAGCAUGUGCUGCAGAUAUCUGAUAGCUACUGGAAAGACAACCAUCGAAUUAUGCUUCAGGGUGAUGGGCAGGUAUUAGAGUUUGUCAUUGGCAAACUAAACAAACAUGCAACCCAGGAUUUUUUCUAUACUGAUGCUCAGAACAACGUUCAAAAGAAACAGAUCGUAGAAAGAAUGUGGACUGAGUACUUAUAUGAUUAGAAAUAAAGAAAUGUGCUUCUGCUUAUCUAUUACUUCAUGAAUCAGUAGAUAAUACUUAAGUAAACAUGCUAAUGUAGACUGAAGAAAUUACAAGAAAUUACAAGUGUGGUCAUUACUGCAAGGGUAGAUGUUGUAUAUCAUUAUUGUGGCUUGUUCCUUUUAUUAUUGCCUAUUUUUGACCAAAAUCAGAAAUAAAGUUGUGUUGAAACUGG